AUGUACAUUCGAUAUCCCAAAUCAUUUUUCAUAAUAUUGCUUCUCUGUCUCACAAUAUCGACCCAGUGUGUGGCACAAGAAGUAAAUCAAAUUCAUGCCAAUCACUACCACACUCCAACACCUACCCAUACUCACACAACCAAUUGCCAGAGUCACAGGACACAUAGUCAAUCUCACACCCCAUCAGCAACAGCAGCUCCGGUCCGUAAACAAGAAACAUACGAAUGUAUCUCCAGCCAAAACCGAUGUUUCCCUCGUGUCAUCACAGUAGUUAAGAAUCUUAAGAAUACACCAGUUGAAAAAAGUCGUUCUGGCCAUCUACUAUGUCCAAUCGUUACAGAAAAGCCAAAUCUACCUGAGCUGACAGAAGAAAUGAUCUAUGAUAUUGCCAUUGGAAGUACAUUUAUUACUUUCGGAGUAUUCCUGAUAGUCUUGGCCUUUCCAUUUUUUAUCGUCACCAUGGCAAUUUGUGGAACUAUAUUCGGAGGCAAUACAACUUUUAUUAUAAUGAGUUACAUGGAACCCCUUGAAGGAUAUGAGAAUCCUUUGAUGAUGUACACAUCCAUAUGCUUUGGUGUUGGUCUCUUAUUUGGUGUGGCUGCCGUAGUAUUUUGGAAGGUGGCUCUCUUUGGUUUGGGUUUCACUGCAGGAUUUGUCCUGGCUGUAUAUGUUUGGACGUUUAGUUUCGAUUUUAUUAUCACUGACACAAAUGCUCGUUUAUUUGCCAGUAUAUCAGUUGGGAUGCUGGGUGGAGUCGGUAUAGUACUAAUCGAAUUCCUGGCGGUUAUUCUGUCGACUACCUUCCUGGGUUCAUAUCUUGUGAUGCUUGGUGUCGAUAUUAUAGUUAACUUUGGCAUGGUAAGCGGUCCAUGCCAAGUAUUUAACUAUAAUACACAUCUUGAAGAAAAAAUAAUGUCCGGCCUUUAUGUUGAAUAUUUCCCCUCUGAUACCAUCUAUGAAAUGCUUGGUGGCAUGUUUGGACUGUGGCUACUAGGUGCUUUUCUAGGAAUAAAACUUAAUCAAGGUAGUCGGUUUGGGCUUCAGUUGAAGAAGAAUCCCAUUCUAGACUUAGAUAUUUCCUAA